AUGAACCACCACAAGCUCGCCAUCUCGACUGUCUCCCUCGGCUGGCAUGCCUCGCACACGCUGGGGAGGAAACUGGCCGCCGCCGCCGAGGCCGGAUUCCAAGGCGUGGAGAUCUACAUCACUGACCUCGACAGCUAUGCUGCUGGUGCAGGGAUCGCACGGGUACAGGCGGCUGAAGAGAUCAGACGCCUCUGCGCCCAGCACCACCUCGGGAUCGUCUGCCUGGGCUCGUUCAAUAACUUCGAGGGUGACCCACGCCGCAGCCUCGAGGAGCGGCUGCACAGCGCCCGUGAGUGGAUCGCCAUGGCGCGCGCCCUCGGCACCGACGUGAUCCAGGUACCCAGCAACGAGGAUCCGGACGCCGUGGGGGACAUGGACACCAUCGUGGCCGAGCUGCAGGCGCUGGCGGAUCUAGGCCUCCACGAAUCCUCUUCCCCCUCCCUUCCUGCUGUCCGGUUCGCCUACGAGGCCCUCGGCUGGGGCACCCACGUCGCCGACUGGGAGGAGUCGCUGCGCGUGGUCGACCUGGUGGCCCGCCCCAACUUCGGCCUCUGCCUCGACUCCUACCACGUCCUGGGCCGGCUGUGGGCCGAUCCGCGCUCCCCCUCCGGCCGGCGCCCCGGCGGCGACGCCGCCCUGCGCAGGUCCCUAGGCACGUUCCGCGAGCGCUUUGCGAAUCCGGUGCCGCCGUCGUCAUCGUCGCAGACUCAGACUCAGACUCAGACCCAUCCCCUCAUCUACAUCCAGCUCAGCGACGCCGAGCGCCUUCGCCCGCCGAUCCUGCCGGGCCACGAGGCGUACAGCCCGCACAAGGACGGCGUGCACUCGUGGUGCCGGUACGGGCGCCUGUUCCCGCUCGAGCGCGACCGCGGCGCGUACCUGCCCGUCGAGGACGUGGCACGCGCGUGGCUCCUGCAGCUUAACAAUAAUGAUAACAAGGACGGUGGCGGUGGCGGUAUUGUUGGGUGCUGGGUGAGCAUGGAGAUCUUCCACCGCGACAUGGAGCGCCAGGAGAACGGGCCCGAACACUGGGCGCAGAGGGGGCGGAGGAGCUGGGAUGAGCUCGUCAAGCGGCUUGGCUUGGACUGGACUGACUGA